GACCUUACUCGGUUGCAGAGGCUGUGCCUUGACAAUACAGAAGUGGGUGGUGACUUGGAGCCACUUAAGGCCCUGAUCAACUUGGAGUUGCUAUCCCUCCCCGACACGCAGGUUAGUGGAAGCCUCAAGGCACUCAGCAACAUGACGAAGCUACACAAAGUGGAUAUUGGCAACACGCAGGUCAGUGGUAGCCUCAAGCCGCUCAUGGGCGCCACCCGGAUACUAAAUCUAGACCUUCGCAACACGCAGGUCAGUGGUGGCCUUGAGCCCCUCAUGGCCCUGACUCAGCUUGAGAACCUGGGUCUUGGCAACACCCAGGUCGGGGGCACCCUUGUGCCGCUGAAAGUCCUCACUCAGGUGCAGCACUUGGACCUCAGCAACACCCAAGUUCUUGGUGACCUAAAGCCACUCACCCCCCUCACCCAGACACUAUACCUGGGCCUCCGCAACACACAAGUCACUGGGGAUCUUGAACCACUCAAGGUCCUGACCAAGCUGCAGAACCUGCACAUUCCCAGCACCAACAUAACUGGGACUCUUGAGCCGCUCACAGAACUUAAGCAACUGCAAUUCCUUGAGCUACCCAACACGAAUAUCACUGGGACUCUCCAGUCACUGGCGGCCGCUACGCAGCUGCAAACCCUGGACUUGCGCAACACACAGGUCAUGGGAGGCCUUGAGCCACUCACGGCCCUCACUCAGCUGGAGAACCUGGACCUCCGCAACACCCAGGUCACUGGUGGCCUCGAGCCGCUGACGGCUCUCACCCAGCUGAUUCACGUGGAGCUACGCAACACCAAUAUGACCGGAACCCUCAAGCCACUGACAGCCCAAACUCAGCUGCUAUACCUGGACCUCCGCGAUACCGAGGUAGUUGGAAGCCUUGAACCACUUGCAGCCCUUGCCGAACUCCAGUACCUGGAUCUCAGCAACACCAAGGUUGUUGGUGGUCUCAAGCCGCUGACAGCCCUCACCCAGUUGGAGGCCCUGUACCUGGAAAACACCCAGGUCAAUGGAAACCUUCAGCAGCUCAUGGCCCUCUCGCAGCUGCAGGAGCUCUACAUUGGGGGCACGCGUGUGAGCGGCGACAUCGUUGUCCUGAUUCAGUUUCCAGAUUUACUGGAGGCCGACCUCAGCUCCACUCUGGUUGGCGGACGCCUCUCGGAAUCCUGGCGCGGCAACAGGAUCCAUGCCGUGGACUCGCUGAAUGUGCACUCCUACGUGUCCUUUGCCGACCAUCAGCAAAUAACCUUCGCCAAGGGAAUCCUGGAGGAUGCCCUGAAGCAUAACUUGCAGCUGGAUCUGACGGGCACCGCAGUCACAAACACAGAGGAGAUCUCCAGGCUUUUCAGCACAGGUGCUUUGAAGUUGACAGCGCAGUUGACCUCAAUCAAUGCCACUGCUGGCUACGGCUGCCACGGUGCGACAUCCCGCUCGCUAAGGGUCAGUCCUCACUUGUUCUGGCCCGCAGGUCUUUGUGGCUGCAUGGAGGGCUACCAAGGAAGGGACACCCAGUGCAGGCAUUGCUCUCUCGGCUUCUACAACGAUGCCUUCAACAGCAGUACUUGCCGCCCCUGUCCAGCCAACAGCAGCUCCCGGCCAGGGACCAGUUCGAUUGACGGCUGCCUGUGCAAUGUCGGCAGGAUGAUUGCAGACGCCUCAGGCUACAAAGCCUGCCGCUGCGAGGCAGGGAAUGCCUUGUACCAGGGCACCUGCCAAGACUGCGGCGCGCUCCACCUGGAGUGCCCUCUGGGAAGCACAGUGGAAACAGCGAUGCCUGAGGUGGGUUAUGCUCGCCUGGUACCCCAUGCUGCGGUGGCUCACAGGUUGCAGAAGUACAGCUUGCUUCCAGAGUGUGCGUCCUGGGCCCGGGAAUCCACUUUUCACGCAUGCUAUGAAGGUCCUCUGUGCAUUGCCUGCUGGGAGGGCUACCGAAGUCGCGGCCUCCGCUGCGUCAAGUGCGCUUCUGGCGACACUCGCCGUGCGGCGACUGGCACCGGGAUCAUGGCUGGCGGCGUUGCAGCUGUUGUUGCCGCUGCGGCUUACUACUGGAGGAGCCAGGCGGCAACAGUCGCAGCACCGCCGAAGAAGAGCGUCCUGCAGCCUCUGCUCACUGCUCAGUUCGCUGUUCUACUCCAGCUCUUUCAGCUCUGGGGUGUGCUGGUGGCUUUGUCCACACGAACAGCCCAUGGAGCUGACGAGCAAAGCGAGAGUGAAGGUCUCUGGGAGCAGGAGUAUGUCCAGUGGCUGCAGCUGACCGCAAAGGGUCUCCGGGAUGCGCUGAGCCUGGAAUGCGCCUAUGGCAGGAGCGCCUGGUCCAUCAGCGCCAUGGCAGCUCCCUGUAUCCCGCUGGUGCUGCUGGCGCUUUGCAUGCCUUUAGAGGUGGUGCGCUGGGGCGCUGGUGUGAGCUCAGCGCUCGACGUGUUGACGGCGCUCUUCAUUGGGGGAGCCUCCAGCUGCACGGCCCUGCUCAGCUGCCGCCACCUCGACGGAGGCGGCGAGCCCUUGCAGGAGCAUGCCUUCCGCGUUGCUUUGCCGCUGGUGAAGUGUGACGCCAAGGGUGGAGAGGCAGCCUGG